ACCCUCCAAAGAUACCGUACUUGGGGAACUAGUAUCAGGAAGUAGGACGAUUUGUUUGUCUUUUUCAAACCGGUGAGCUUUAUACUGUACGUGGUCUUUCAAAGCAAGGAUCACAGUGGAGGACAGCUCUAGUUCGCCAAUGGUUUGUCGUUUUAAAUUCAAUGUAACUUACACAGUGACUGAAAGCAAACGACCAGUGGUGUGACAGUAAGCAUCGCUUUAAAAGGUGACAUCUUGCUGGAUUGAGCACAUUACCUGCACCAUGGGGAAGAGAUACUACUGUGACUACUGUGACCGGUCCUUUCAGGAUAACAUGCAUAACAGGAAGAAACAUCUGAAUGGUGUUCAGCAUCACAGAGCUAAAAAGGCCUGGUAUGACCAUUUUAGAGACUCUUCAGCCAUUCUGUAUGAUGAGCAAACAAAGAAACCCUGCAGGAAGUUUCUCCAGAAAGGAAUUUGUGAUUUUGGCCCUAACUGCAGGUUUUCUCACAUGUCUGAAGCGGAUCUGUUUAACUUAAAAAGACAGGUGGAAGAUGAAAGACAGCUCAGAGAGGACGCUGUAGACAGAAUUAUGCCUGGGAGAAGUAUAGAAGAAUGGCUCUCUAGAAGGGAAAAGAAGCGAACUGCCCUCAGCACCAAAGGAGAUCUAAAAGAUAAGGGAGACAGCGAAGAUGGCCAAGCAGAAAGUGACGUACCUCAACAGCUCCUCUCCAUUCCUGACCUUCCACCCUCUCUUCUGCCUCCUCCUCCAGGAGGAUGGAAAGUCAAAGUGGACACAGAAUGGGGUUGAACGAUUCACUUCGUGUAGCUGAUUUAAAUGAAUAAAUGUUUGUAUUUACAUAAAGCACAGUAAGGCAAAUCUGAGAUUUGGGAUUUUUAAACAGGCAAUGCAAAAAACCUCAUAACUAAUAUUUGUGUUGCUGAUUGCUCCACAAAUCUGGAGUAGAGGGCCUUUACAGUGAGACCCCUCUAAGGAGUUACAUUUGAUGUCAUGUUAGUCCCAAAAGGAUUGGCGGAGUGCUGAGCAGAUGGAAAUAUUUUUUGUUUUACUUUAAUCCUGUGCUGCGUCACGGGGAGAAUCACUGAUCUGACUAAUUUUUAUUUAUAACCCAGCCACUGGGAAACACCAUUUUACUUCAGAAGUAGUAAAGAUGGCAAACUAAUGAUCUAGAUUAAAUGUCAUUAUGAAAGUUUUUAUAGUUGGAAAGUUAAUACAGGUUUGUCAAUGAGCCUCAGGCAGAUCCCUUGGAUUUGUGACUAAUAUAUUUAUAAUUGUCAUUGGCUUUUUAGGUUAUCCCUUGUAGCUGGGGUUUUGCUGAUAUGGAUGUACCCUGAACUGUUUCCACAUUUGUUGUACAGCUAAUGCAGUGUUUUAAGCAGAAUACUAGACAGAUUGCUUUAUGUGUUUUCUUUCUUUCUGUUUUGUUUCAUUUUGUUGAACUCUUAUUCUGCUUCUCGGCCAGGUCACCUGAGUACAAGAUGUCUGUGAAUUUAAUUGGACUUAAUCUACCUUCUUGCCUAGUUUAAAGGUACCCUGUGGUAUUUUGACCAUUAUUAGCACAAUAGAGCAAUGUUUUUACAUGUGGGUUUUGUUUUUAUUGUGCACACACGCAUGGGGACGUGUACAACCUGCCUUGAUUGCAGGCUAUUCCACUUAUUGACAGUUGUUGGUAGUGACAGGCUAACAAACCCAGCAGUGCCACUGCAAAGACAGUGAACAAGGCUGAUAUUUGUUAGACCUCAAGGAUGCACACGAUGGAGUGAGAAACACUGAAUGUACACAUACGUUUUGUUUGUUUAUAGGAAAACUCGGUACCUUCUUAAAAUUAGGGUUAGGCCAUAAGAAGUUCAGUUUCAGUCAUAUUUAAGUACUGAGCUUGUGGAUUUAUCCAUGGUGGACCCUGUUUGUAACGUAACAUAAAUCUUUUGUCUCUGUAGCAUUAUGUUGUAUCUAUUAAAUGUCUACUUGUAGACAAUC